UUUAACGCAGCUUGGCCUAAAUAAAUUAUAUUCCCAGUCUUCAAGUUUGGAUUCUGUUUGUAAUUUGGACAAGGAUUUUGCCUAACAGUACACCGGUCUUAAAAUAUUUGCGGCUACUUCAGUUUGAUUGGUGCAACGACUAACCACGAUUGCGUAGUGACCAAUCAGGAUACCUAGAAUGGUCGUAUACAUUUUGGUUUUAUUGAUGGAAAUCCAGGGUAGGCGCUGUAUUUGUUAAGACGUUUGAAGUUAAGGAGACAACCUCUCUUUCCUGUAUGACAUGUUCAGGCGUAUACGAAAACCAAACUACACACAUGAAGAAACCAUGGUUCUUUUAGAGCAGUUGGAUAUGUACAAGCACAUUGUAUUUGGUAGGGGAAGUAACCACCAACGUGCAGAAGUAUGGACUAUUAUUGCUGAUGCAGUCAAUGCAGUUCCCCAUAGUGCAGAAAGAACAAGAAAAGAAUUAAAGCAUAGAUGGAAAGAUUUAUCGCAUCGAAUGCGGAUUUUAGAGAAAAAAUAUAAAGAAGCUCAGGGCAACAAUUCAAAGUGUUUAGCAAGGCCUUCACCUUAUUAUGAUCUCGUGAUGAAGAUCUUGGAUGAAAAAACAGAAUACAACGACAGCGUAUCACCCAAUGACAGUUUGAACUCUCCACUUUGUGUACAGAGACAGUGUGAGGAAACCAGUUGGUCUGUUGUGGCGGAAAAUGAUGUUAAGCCUGAUAAAAACUUUUUGAACACCAUGUUGACAAACGUCCCUGAUUUAAACAAUACAGCGACCCCAGUCAGCCCUAGUUCCCCAACUCUCUCAGAUUCUGACCUGCGCAUUACCAAAAAUGUUUCAAACAGUGGUGGAAUAUCUCUGAAAAUUUCAACACCAAAAAGGGCAAACGGGAUGCAGAAUAAUGACCUUCCGAGACGUCCAUCUGAAAAAGUUAUUAAGAAAAAAAAGAAAUCUGGGUCGAAAAGACCAGCCAAUUGUUUAGAAAAAAAAUCAAACUUAGACCCGGAUUUUUAUUCGUCUUACAUGCUGCCUGAGAGUAAACAGUCGCCCUUAAAUCUGUGCCAGAAAUCUGAUAAAGACCAGGAUGACGAAGAGACGACAAUUCUUAAAUUACCAUACUCCAACAACAAUUACAAUCAGAACUCGUUAGACAAGUCACUUAACGACGAAUGUUCUUACGAGUUAUCUGAUGAUAACCUGGUCUUGAACCUGUCACAGAAGAGAUUUAAGAAUGGAAAUCCAAUCGACAUUGCUGAUGCGACGUCGUGUGUAUCAAAAGCUCGCCUCAUGCAGCUGAAUCCUUACACCCAGGAGGUGAUGGAGGUGGAGGAUAUGGACCCAGACUCUGAUUCUUCGGAAGAUGAUAAUUUGAGUUGUAAACUUACAAUCUCUGAUGUCAAGGGUGGGGUUGACUAUCCUACUGAAGGGGAGGAUAUAAAUAGCCCUCAUGUGUUGAAAAAAGCAGACUAUAAUUCUUCGUCUAAAAAACAGAAACUGUCUCAGGAUGAAACUUUGCAGCAAACAUGUUCAUUAAAAGAACUGAAAAAAAUGUACUUCAUUGAGAAAAUCCAGAUGGUUUCCCAAAGAACAAAGUGUCUGAAGCUCCUGGAGGCUAAAUUAGAAUAUGAGCUUCAGCUUCUGCGCCAACAAGUAGCUUUACAAGCACCAGAAAAGGGUCAUUCAAGUUCGGAAACUUUGUUAGAAAAUGAUCACACAGUCCAACAUUUUGAUAUCAGGAGUAAAGUGCUGCCUAAGCCAUUUAAUGAAAAUAACAUGCAGGAUCAUGUUUUGAAAGUGAAACAACAAUUAAAUGAACCAGAAGCUUGUUUAGCCCAUCAGCUGUGUCAGAAUUCUGAAGAUUUAAGUUGUGAUUCCAACAAGCUUUCUAAGUUUGUCAGUAAGGCCAGCAAUCAUAGAGUUAAUCUGGAUAAAACGGAGCAAAGUUAAGUGAUGAUGUGCUAGUCAUACUGAAACAUGUAGGUUGUAAUUUACAAAUAUGAAAUAACCAAAAGUAUUAUUAUGAAUUAAAAGGUUACAGACAAGUUGAUAUAAAUCCUCAGUAUCUAUAUAUAUAUAAUUCUCUUCUUGGAUACCCUAGAAAACACCAAGCUGUAAGCCCGCCUUGCAGUCCCCUCUCUUCCUCUCUAGGCACCCCCACAUGGUCUGGUGAGCUGUGGUUCACACUAAAUGUUUACAAUCAUAGAGCCAGGUUUAGUGACAGCUAUUAGGGGCAGAUAAUUUAGUUUGAAACUAUUUUAAAGUUAGGGGAGGUAACUAAGAGGAGGCUGCUUUCACAGGGGGGUGUGGUAGGGGUUAUCGUCCUUAAUGAGCUACUGAUAGUGUUUUAAAGCAAAUAUUUUCAGUGACAGCAGUGGUACUGUCGAAUUCACAAAUUAUAAAAUA